UUUGUUUGCCUUCUCUCAACUAUCAUGGCUGAAACUGGAAAACCCGGUUCGGAGGUGUUAUGGAAUGACAAAAAAGAUCCCUCUCUACUCGAAGUGGACAACCGCUCAUGCCAGCUACUCGGACCAACUGCUCUGGCGGUUCAAGGACUCAUGGGAAUCUUGGUGAUUCUCUCUCUCAUCUACAAACGGCAUAGAGAAGUACACAAGCGUCCUUGGAAGAUAUGGAUCUUCGAUGUCUCGAAACAGAUUGUGGGACAGAUGUUUGUUCACGGAGUGAACGUCCUCAUAUCUGGUAUUAUUUCCCAUUACGGCUCUUCGAAUGCCUGUGUAUCGUAUUUCCUCAACAUUCUUAUUGACACUACACUUGGGGUCUUGAUUCUUUAUGGGAUUCAUCAUGGUUUAACGCACAUAAUCACCGAAAAGCUGCAUUUACAAGGUUUUCAAUCCGGUGUAUAUGGAAAACCUCCCUCAAUUAUGUUCUGGGCACGCCAAGCUGCUGUCUACGUCUUUUCAUUGACCACCAUGAAGUUUGCAGUCAUUGGUCUUCUCGCGCUCUUCCCCGGCCUGUACAAGAUCGGUGAAUGGUUAUUGAGUUGGACGUGGACUGAGGAAGGGGAUGAUUUGCAAGUGAUAUUCACAAUGGGUAUUUUCCCCAUCAUCAUGAACAUUCUUCAGUUCUGGAUCAUAGAUUCCAUAGUCAAAGCUUCGGAUGCACCCGUUGCUUUGGCAGGUGAUUCGCCAACCGCACAAGAUCAUGCGGACAGAGAGCCAUUGUUCGGUAUGCCCUCGGACGACGAAGACGAAGAUGAUCAUGUCACUCAGCGCAGGCCACAUGAUAUCGAAAAUCCACCCAUCUCCCGUUCAAGCGAGCCCAAAGCUCACUCUCGAAUCCCAACAUCCGAGGGAGACGAGUCGAAGGAUCCUUGUUCUAACACCCGAGGAAAUUCCUUAGAAUUUCAUUCAUAUCCUCCCAGCUUGAGUAAUAGUGCCGGUUCCUUCUCUUCUAACUCUUCUAUGGGCGCUUCUGUACGGGAAGCGACGAAGUUGAACAAGAAAAAGAAGAGACCACCGAGUCCAUUGAAUCUCCAGCCCCAAUAUCAGCCCGCCAUCAAUUCCCCUCACGUCGCAGUCGGUACCCCUCAUCGAAGUCCGCUAAGUACCUCCACCGGGAUACCAGAGCUAGCAGCAGCUCCUCAAGCGGCCGACAACGAAUGGGCCGAUUCGUGGGAAGAUUCGGAUGAUUGGGCUGGUCGAGUAGGGGAGGAGGAAUGGACUGGACGUCGACUGGGUCAGACGAACGCAAAUUUGCACAAUGCUUGGGGCACAUCCACGGUUGCUGUGUCGUAGGUUCAAGAUUUUCGUGCUGUUUUCAUUCCGCUCCAGCUUUUGUAUAGAUAGCCUACUCCAUGUUCAGCUCUCAGCCUUUAUGGCGGUACUGAAAUAAAUGCUCAGUACGGUACCUUACGUCUACUCAUCGUAAUUCAGUGUCGGCUUUCAGGAUGCUACAUAUACACGCAUCUACAUUCCCGUCUGGUACUCAUACUGUCAUCGCCCCCGAAGUCGGCAAUCUAAGGAGAAAUAUUUAUAUAAUUAAGAAAAUACAUACCAGAAACUGUAAAUACAAUGCAGUUGCAUAGAAUACCUUUUGAGGUAUAUGCCUGCC